AUGGCUCAGUCACCAGACGGUAUCUACGAGAAGGGCAUCAUCGACCCUGGCACACCUGUCGCGAACUCAACCCAACCAUACUGGCUGACCGAGCCAUCUCCGAUUGCCAAACUUCAGUCACCAUGGGCCAAUGAGGCGGAUGUGGUGGUUAUUGGGUCGGGAAUGACAGCCGCGAGCUUGUGCCGUAGUCUCUACGCAGAGCAGCCUGGCAUCAAGAUCGUUGUGGUAGAGGCUCGGGAUCUGUGCGCCGGCGCAACUGGUCGCAAUGGAGGCCAUAUCAAGGCUAUGAGCCCCGGAGCUUGGCAGGAUCGCGUGAAAGCCUACGGGCUCAAAGAGGCACUAAAGGUUAUGGAGUUCGAGCACGUUCACGUGGAAGAGAUACUUGCUUGCAUCAACGAGAAUGGCCUUCAAGCUGACCACCGAAGAGUCGAAGGUCUGGAUGUAUACCACGAUGAAAAGACAUGGACCCGAGCGGUGGAUGCUGUGGAGGACCUUCGUAAGCACGAUCCUAAACUCGGCAAACGAUACACCAUCUACGAUACGAGGAGGCAGCUACGAGACCUCAAGAUUUCGGAUGUCGCAGUAGGAGCGAUUGGAAUGCCUGCUGCUACCAUGUGGCCGUACAAGAUGGUUGCUGGUCUCCUGGAGAAAUUCGUCCAGGAGUAUGGCCUCUCUAUCCAAACCAAUACUGUAGCCAAGUCUGUCGAUGAUAGCCCCAAAGAUGACUUCGCGACUGUCAAUACCUCCCGAGGCGACAUCCGGGCGAAGUACGUCAUCCACGCAACCAACGCCUUUCUUGGACACCUAGUUCCUGAGUUGCGGCCUUAUGUCUCCCCGGUGCGCGCCAACGUGCAGCGGCAGUUGCCACGGCCAAUCACACACCAACUCACACGCUCAUACUGGCUUAGGUAUGGCGAGAAAGACUACGACUACAUGAUGCAGCGACCGGACGGUGCUACCAUCAUUGGCCGAGGCAGCACAGGACGAAGGGCAACGGCUGAUGAUAGCCAGACAGAUUUGGUGGCUCAUGUCCACUUGAGAGGAGCCACGCCAUAUGUAUUUGAUUGGGGAACGGACAAGAUCGAGGUGACGCACCAGUGGAGUGGUGCCGUUGCUUUCACAUCAGAUGGUAAUCCUUUUGUCGGUAGAAUACCGUUCUCCGAAUCCAAGCACCAAUGGGUCUGCGCGGCGUAUCAAGGCAUCGGGAUGGUGAGGGCGUUCAAGUCAGCACAGAUGGCUGCAUACUUGAUCCUGGGGAAGGAGAUUCCUGAAGAGUAUCCUCGCUCGUUUUUGACGACCAAGGAGCGUUUCGAUGGCUUGCAGGCGGUUUUCAAGGGAGCCAAGCUGUAA